AUGAUGUAUCAUAUAGCUUUGUUACUUAUUGCUAUAAAAAUAAUUUUCAUACCUUUAUAUCACUCGACAGAUUUCGAAGUACAUAGAAAUUGGUUAGCAAUUACACACAAUCUUUCUACUGAGCAAUGGUAUUAUGAAAAAACUUCAGAAUGGACUUUAGAUUAUCCUCCACUAUUUGCUUGGUUAGAGUAUGGGCUAUCCUAUAUAGCAAAAUAUUUUGAUCCCGAAAUGAUAAAAGUACAAAAUUUAAAUUAUGAGUCACAGCUGACUAUUAUAUUUCAAAGGCUGUCUGUAAUAAUUUUAGACUUCUUAUACAUUUUAAGUGCUAAAAGUUGUUCUAACCUUAUAGGAAAUGGAAAGUUGUUGGUGUUUGUUUUAUUAACUACAAAUCCUGGAUUGUUAAUGAUCGAUCAUAUCCAUUUCCAGUACAAUGGAUUUUUGUUUGCCUUUCUUAUGUUCUCAAUUUCUAACAUGAUACAGGAAAAGCAUUUGCAAGCAGCAGUUUUGUUUGCCGUUUUGCUUAAUUUAAAGCAUAUAUAUCUGUACGUGGCUCCAGCUUAUAUAGUGUACUUGUUAAGAACAUAUUGUUUCACCGUUUCAUCUACAGAUGGAGUUCAUACUGCUUGGUACUCAUUUUCUAUGAAAAAUGUAAUAAAAUUGGGUAUCACUGUUGUAUCAGUAUUUGUUAUAUCUUUUGGACCAUUUAUCAAACAUUUGCCUCAGGUCAUAUCCAGGCUCUUCCCAUUUAAGAGAGGGUUGUGCCAUGCAUAUUGGGCACCUAAUUUUUGGGCUUUGUAUAAUUUUGGAGAUAAAUUACUACAUCAUUCAUUUAAAGAAUUUGGGAAAGAAGUCAAAAUAAAUGAGGCUUCUAUGACUGGAGGUUUAGUACAGGAAUAUGAACAUGCUGUUCUGCCGUCUAUAAGGCCUAGUACAACGUUCAUUUUAACAUUAUUGACCAUGAUCCCAGCACUUGUUAAGUUAUGGUACCUCGGAGCUGAUAGAAUGUAUAGAAGUGUGAGUUUUGUAAGGUGUUUGACAAUCUGUGCAACCUGCUCGUUCAUGUUUGGUUGGCACGUUCACGAAAAGGCUAUCUUGAUGAUUUUAAUCCCAUUAAGAAAAACACGCCACGCACUGGUGGCGGCAAAAUAUCGUUGGGGGCGCAUUUCGACCCGCCGCCGCACCAGA